AAAGGGUCGAGAGUGAGACUAGAGACUAGAAGAGGUCCAUCGUCUUCUUCCCCACCGCGAUCAUAGAGCGAGCUGAACCAGGCCCCAGAAGGUCAAAUCUUAGCCGACGGCGGAGUUCGCGGCGAUCUCUGUGGGGAGUAUGGUUCUGCUUGAUUCCAGUACCUUGUCUCUCUAGUUUUCAAGCACAACACUGAUAGCAGUUAGAUUGUUUAUCCCCAAUUCAGUGUAAAUAUGGGGCGUCUAAGGCUGCAGUCCGGAAUCAAGGCAAUUGAGGAAGAGCCUGAAGAAUAUGACUGUUCAUCAAAUGGAGGUGCUUUAGCAUGUAUGGUGAAUUCAGAAGUAGGUGCUGUGUUGGCAGUUAUGAGAAGAAAUGUUAGGUGGGGAGGUCGUUAUAUGACUGGAGAUGAUCAGUUAGAGCACUCUCUCAUCCAGUCCUUGAAGACAUUGCGGAAGCAAAUUUUUGCAUGGCAAAAUCAGUGGCAGUCAAUAAGUCCAGACGCAUAUCUCCUUCCAUUUUUGGAUGUGAUUCGAUCUGAUGAAACUGGUGCAUCAAUCACUAGUGUGGCCUUGUCAUCUGUUUACAAGAUUCUAACUCUUGACAUACUUCAUCUGAAUACCGUGAAUGUGGAACAUGCUAUGCCUUUGGUGGUUGAUGCUGUGACAAGUUGCCGAUUCGAGGUGACCGAUCCAGCUUCAGAAGAAGUAGUAUUGAUGAAGAUACUUCAGGUUUUUCUUGCUUGCAUGAAAAGUAAGGCAUCGGUUGUGCUGAGUAACCAGCAUGUUUGCAACAUAGUAAACACCUGUUUCCGUAUAGUUCAUCAAGCAGGAUCAAAAGGUGAGUUGUUGCAGCGGAUAGCUCGCCACACUAUGCAUGAACUUGUCAGGUGCAUCUUUUCCCACCUUUCGGAGAUUGAUAAAACAGAACAUCUAUUGGCUAAUGGAGGAAUAUACAUCAAACAAGAGGUGGGAGGCUUAGAAAAGGACUAUACCUUCAGUAGUAAACAAUUAGAUAAUAGCAAUGACAGUUCUGAGCAUGAUGGUCAGAUGCCUUCUGUUGGUUUGGCUUCAAAUUCUUCCACAGGUCUUCGGGUAAGCUUGAAUGAGGAAAACACAAAUGGGGCUGGUAAUGGAAAAGAGGCUGCUCCAAAUGAUUUGCAUCUCAUGACAGAGCCAUAUGGGGUACCCUGCAUGGUGGAGAUACUUCACUUCUUGUGUGCCUUGUUAGAUAACAUAGAGAACAUUGGUAUGGGUCCCAGGUCAAAUUCUAUGGCAAGUCAUGAAGAUGUACCACUUUUUGCUUUGGGUUUGAUCAACUCAGCUAUUGAAUUGGGUGGGCCUUCUAUCAGACAACACCCCAAGUUAUUGGCCUUGAUACAGGAUGAGCUAUUUCGUAACCUCAUGCAGUUUGGCUUAUCAAUGAGUCCACUUAUUCUUUCCAUUGUAUGUGGCAUCGUUCUAAAUCUGUAUUACCAUUUGCGUUCUGAGCUAAAAUUACAAUUGGAGGCUUUCUUUUCUUGUGUGAUUUUGAGGCUUGCGCAAAGCAGGCAUGGAGCUUCCUAUCAUCAACAGGAGGUUGCAAUGGAGGCCCUUGUUGACUUCUGUAGGCAGAAAACAUUCAUGCCAGAGAUGUAUGCCAACUUUGAUUGUGAUAUUACCUGCAGUAAUGUGUUUGAAGACCUUGCUAACCUGUUGUCAAAGAGUGCAUUUCCAGUGAACUACCCUUUGUCGGCAAUGCAUAUUCUUGCUUUGGAUGGUCUAAUUGCCGUGAUUCAGGGAAUGGCAGAGAGAAUAGGCAAUGGACAACCUGUUUUGGAGCAGGUUCCAGUAGAUCUUGAAGAAUAUACCCCAUUCUGGACCGUGAAGUGUGAGAACUAUGCUGAUUCUAAUCAUUGGGUUCCUUUUGUCCGUCGGAGAAAAUACAUUAAGAGAAGGUUGAUGAUUGGUGCUGAUCACUUCAACCGAGAUCCAAAGAAAGGGCUAGAGUUUCUCCAGGGAACACAUUUGUUACCUGACAAGCUUGACCCUCAAAGUGUUGCUUGCUUUUUCAGGUACACAGCUGGGUUAGAUAAGAAUCUUGUGGGUGAUUUCCUGGGAAAUCAUGAUGAGUUUUGUGUUCAAGUGCUUCACGAAUUUGCUGGCACUUUUGAUUUUGAAGAAAUGAAUUUGGAUACUGCACUACGGCUAUUCUUAGAAACUUUUCGAUUGCCUGGUGAGUCCCAAAAGAUACAGAGAGUUCUCGAGGCGUUCUCAGAGAGAUACUAUGAGCAAUCGCCACAGAUUCUAGCCAACAAGGAUGCUGCGCUCGUAUUGUCCUAUUCAUUAAUAAUGCUUAAUACUGAUCAACACAAUGUACAAGUGAAGAAGAAGAUGACUGAAGAGGAUUUUAUCAGAAAUAAUCGACGCAUCAAUGGAGGGAAUGAUCUCCCUCGGGAAUUCCUAUCAGAGCUUUACCACUCAAUCUGCAAGAAUGAGAUCAAAACUACACCGGAACAAGGUGCAGGUUUCUCCGAGAUGACACCAAGCCGUUGGAUUGAUCUAAUGCGCAAGUCGAAGAAGACUGCUCCUUUUGUUAUGUGUGAUUCCAGACCCUUCCUGGACCAUGAUAUGUUUGCCAUAAUGUCUGGUCCCACAAUUGCUGCUAUCUCAGUGGUAUUUGAUCAUGCUGAGAGUGAAGAUGUUUUCCAAACAUGUGUUGAUGGAUUUUUGGCUGUUGCAAAGAUUUCAGCAUGUCAUCAUCUUGAAGAUGUAUUGGAUGACCUUGUUGUGUCUCUUUGCAAGUUCACAACUCUCAUUAACCCAUCUUCAGUGGAGGAACCUGUUCUUGCUUUUGGUGAUGAUACGAAAGCUAGAAUGGCCACUGUGACUGUCUUCACCAUAGCAAAUAAGUAUGGUGAUUAUAUCCGCACUGGAUGGAGAAACAUUCUGGACUGCAUCUUAAGAUUGCACAAGCUUGGUCUUCUACCCGCCCGUGUAGCCAGUGAUGCCGCUGAUGACUUGGAGGUUGCUGCUGAUCCUUGUCAUGGAAAACCUGUUACAAGUUCACUAUCUGCAUCUCAGUUGCCUUCUAUGGGUACUCCUCGUAGAUCAUCUGGGCUUAUGGGCCGGUUCAGCCAGCUCUUAUCUCUUGACACAGAGGAGCCAAGAUCGCAACCCACUGAACAACAACUAGCAGCUCAUCAACGCACUCUCCAGACUAUUCAGAAGUGCCACAUAGAUAGCAUAUUUACAGAAAGUAAGUUUCUGCAAGCUGAUUCACUGUUGCAUCUUGCACGAGCCCUCAUCUGGGCUGCAGGGAGAUCUCAGAAGGGCAACAGCUCUCCUGAUGAUGAAGACACUGCAGUCUUUUGCUUGGAGUUGUUGAUAGCAAUCACCUUGAAUAACCGGGAUAGGAUUGGUCUUCUGUGGCAGGGGGUUUAUGAGCAUAUAUCCAACAUUGUUCAGUCAACUGUGAUGCCUUGUGCUCUGGUGGAGAGGGCUGUGUUUGGACUGCUUCGAAUAUGCCAGCGGUUGCUUCCCUAUAAAGAGAACCUUGCUGAUGAACUACUGAGGUCACUGCAACUGGUCUCAAAGCUUGAUGCUCGGGUCGCUGAUGCAUAUUGUGAGAACAUCACACAAGAAGUUAUGCGCCUUGUGAAAGCUAAUGCCACACACAUCAGAUCCCAAAUGGGGUGGCGCACAAUCACCAAUAUUCUGUCCAUCACAGCUCGCCAUCCUGAAGCAUCUGAAUCAGGAUUCGAGGCAUUAAUGUUUAUCAUGUCUGAAGGGGCUCAUCUCUCACCCGCAAAUUACAUUCUAUGUGUAGAUACUACAAGGCAGUUUGCUGAGUCUCGUGUUGGGCAGGCAGAGCGAUCAAUACGUGCACUGGAUUUGAUGGCAGGGUCUGUGACCUGUCUAGCACGGUGGUCUUGUGAGACUAAGGAAGCAGCAGGGGAGGAGGCUGCUGCAAAAAUGUCUCAGGAUAUAGGGGAGAUGUGGCUGAGGCUAGUGCAGGGGUUGAGAAAGGUGUGUUUGGACCAGAGAGAAGACGUAAGGAACCAUGCUCUGUCCUCAUUGCAGAAGUGCUUGACAGGUGUGGAUGGGUUCUCCCUUCUGCACACUUCGUGGUUGCAAUGUUUUGAUCUGGUCAUCUUCACAAUGCUUGAUGACUUGCUAGAAAUUGCUCAGGGACAUUCCCCGAAGGACUACAGGAACAUAGAAGGCACACUCAUUCUUGCUAUGAAGCUAUUGUCGAAAGUGUUCUUACAGUUGCUGAAUGAUCUUGUGCAGCUAUCCACGUUCUGCAAGCUAUGGUUGGGUGUCCUUGGCCGUAUGGAAAAAUAUAUGAAGGCCAAGGUUAGAGGAAAGAAGAGCGAAAAGCUUCAGGAAUUAGUCCCUGAGCUUCUUAAGAAUACAUUGCUUGUGAUGAAGACAAGGGGAAUCCUUGUGUGCCGAAGUGCUCUUGGUGGGGAUAGUUUAUGGGAACUAACAUGGUUACAUGUGAACAAUAUUGCUCCAUCUUUGCAAUCCGAAGUGUUUCCCAAUCAAGAGCUGGAGCAGGUACAUAAACAGAGUGAAACAGAGGGAGUCCCGGGAUCUGAUGGAUCCGGUUCUGUUCCAUCAGGUGAGACAUUGACAGCUUCUGAAGAAGGUGCUCAGACCUUAGUGUGUUGAGCACUUGAAAUAGCCUUACUAGUUUUCUGGGGGGAAGGGCCCAAGAGGGGAAUAGGAGGAUUUUUUGUUUGGACAGAUUGGUAUGCAUUAUAGCGGUAAAAAUUCAUCUUCUUGUAGUUGGGUUUGUUUUCAAUCUUCACCCUCCAGGAAAGUGUGAUAUGAUGUAUCUGCCAAUCUUAAUGCAGGUAGAGGUUUUCUAGAGAUACUUUCUUGUAUUUGUUAUACGGGUUUGGUUUCUUAGGUUAUUAUGUGCAUUUUUAAAAUCUGGAAGUUAACAUAUCUAGUCUUCAUUCUCUCAAGCAAUCUCAGCUACUCUGUCGUCCUGUAUUCAGUAAUUGUCUUACUCUACAGAAAACGCAAACUUGCAGCCUGUAUUGAUGUAUAGAUUGUCUCAACUUGUAAUGAAACAGUGUUUGAAGUUA